AUGCCUGGGAAGAGAGGCGGGAGCCGGUGGUGGGCACGGCUGCCCCUUUGCCUGCUCCUCAGCCUGUCCGGCCCCUGGCUGCCCUCCUCCCUGGGGAAGCCCAAGGGCCACCCGCAUAUGAACUCCAUCCGCAUAGAUGGGGACAUCACGCUGGGCGGCCUGUUCCCCGUGCACGGCCGGGGCUCAGAGGGCAAGGCCUGCGGAGAACUGAAGAAGGAGAAGGGCAUCCACCGGCUGGAGGCCAUGCUGUUCGCCCUGGAUCGCAUCAACAACGACCCGGACCUGCUGCCCAACAUCACGCUGGGCGCCCGCAUUCUGGACACUUGCUCGAGGGACACCCACGCCCUGGAGCAGUCGCUGACCUUUGUGCAGGCGCUCAUCGAAAAGGACGGCACGGAGGUCCGCUGCGGCAGUGGCGGCCCGCCCAUCAUCACCAAGCCUGAGCGCGUGGUGGGGGUCAUCGGUGCUUCGGGGAGCUCCGUCUCCAUCAUGGUGGCCAACAUCCUUCGCCUGUUCAAGAUCCCCCAGAUCAGCUACGCCUCCACAGCCCCCGACCUGAGUGACAACAGCCGCUACGACUUCUUCUCCCGCGUGGUGCCUUCGGACACAUACCAGGCCCAGGCCAUGGUGGACAUCGUCCGCGCCCUCAAGUGGAACUACGUGUCCACGCUGGCCUCUGAGGGCAGCUAUGGCGAGAGUGGCGUGGAAGCCUUCAUCCAGAAGUCCCGCGAGGACGGGGGCGUGUGCAUCGCCCAGUCGGUGAAGAUCCCGCGGGAGCCCAAGACUGGCGAGUUCGACAAGAUCAUCCGGCGCCUCCUGGAGACCUCGAACGCCAGAGGCGUCAUCAUCUUUGCCAAUGAGGACGACAUCAGGCGUGUGCUGGAGGCAGCCCGAAGGGCCAACCAGACGGGCCACUUCUUCUGGAUGGGCUCCGACAGCUGGGGCUCCAAGAGCGCCCCCGUGCUGCACCUGGAGGAGGUGGCCGAGGGCGCCGUCACCAUCCUCCCUAAGAGAAUGUCCGUGCGAGGCUUCGACCGCUACUUCUCCAGCCGCACGCUGGACAACAACCGGCGCAACAUCUGGUUCGCCGAGUUCUGGGAGGACAACUUCCACUGCAAGCUGAGCCGCCACGCACUCAAGAAAGGCAGCCACCUCAAGAAGUGCACCAACCGAGAGCGCAUCGGGCAGGACUCGGCGUACGAGCAGGAGGGCAAGGUGCAGUUUGUGAUCGACGCUGUGUACGCCAUGGGCCACGCGCUGCACGCCAUGCACCGUGACCUGUGUCCCGGCCACGUGGGGCUCUGCCCGCGCAUGGACCCCGUGGACGGCACCCAGCUGCUUAAGUACAUCCGAAACGUCAACUUCUCAGGCAUUGCAGGAAACCCCGUGACCUUCAAUGAGAACGGUGAUGCCCCCGGGCGCUACGACAUCUACCAGUACCAGCUGCGCAACGGCUCGGCCGAGUACAAGGUCAUCGGCUCCUGGACCGACCACCUGCACCUCAGAAUAGAGCGGAUGCACUGGCCGGGGAGCGGGCAGCAGCUGCCCCGCUCCAUCUGUAGCCUGCCCUGCCAGCCGGGCGAGCGGAAGAAGACGGUGAAGGGCAUGCCGUGCUGCUGGCACUGCGAGCCCUGCACGGGCUACCAGUACCAGGUGGACCGCUACACCUGUAAGACGUGCCCCUACGACAUGCGGCCCACCGAGAACCGCACGGGCUGCCGGCCCAUCCCCAUCAUCAAACUCGAGUGGGACUCGCCCUGGGCCGUGCUGCCCCUCUUCCUGGCCGUGGUGGGCAUCGCCGCCACGCUGUUCGUGGUGGUCACCUUCGUGCGCUACAAUGACACGCCCAUCGUCAAGGCCUCCGGCCGCGAGCUGAGCUACGUGCUGCUGGCGGGCAUCUUCCUGUGCUACGCCACCACCUUCCUCAUGAUCGCCGAGCCGGACCUGGGGACCUGCUCGCUGCGCCGGAUCUUCCUGGGGCUGGGCAUGAGCAUCAGCUACGCGGCCCUGCUCACCAAGACCAACCGCAUCUACCGCAUCUUCGAGCAGGGCAAGCGGUCGGUGAGCGCCCCGCGCUUCAUCAGCCCCGCCUCGCAGCUGGCCAUCACCUUCAGCCUCAUCUCCCUGCAGCUGCUGGGCAUCUGCGUGUGGUUCGUGGUGGACCCCUCGCAUUCGGUGGUGGACUUCCAGGACCAGCGGACGCUCGAUCCCCGCUUCGCCCGGGGCGUGCUCAAGUGCGACAUCUCCGACCUGUCGCUCAUCUGCCUGCUGGGCUACAGCAUGCUGCUCAUGGUCACGUGCACCGUGUACGCCAUCAAGACGCGGGGUGUGCCCGAGACCUUCAACGAGGCCAAGCCCAUCGGCUUCACCAUGUACACCACCUGCAUCGUCUGGCUUGCCUUCAUCCCCAUCUUCUUCGGCACCUCGCAGUCGGCUGACAAGCUGUACAUCCAGACCACGACGCUGACGGUCUCCGUGAGCCUGAGCGCCUCGGUGUCCCUGGGAAUGCUCUACAUGCCCAAGGUCUACAUCAUCCUCUUCCACCCGGAGCAGAACGUGCCCAAGCGCAAGCGCAGCCUCAAAGCCGUCGUCACCGCUGCCACCAUGUCCAACAAGUUCACGCAGAAGGGCGGCUUCCGGCCCAACGGCGAGGCCAAGUCGGAGCUCUGCGAGAACCUGGAGGCCCCGGCGCUGGCCACCAAACAGACCUACGUCACCUACAGCAACCAUGCAAUCUAG